AUGAACGGUGUGUCGCCCAUUCCUAUGGAAGAAGACAUGCCGAAAACGGAUCUCAUGUGGAAAUACGAUGACAUCAAGCUUAACUGCAUUGACCCUAGUAUAGAAGGUGAGUAUAUGUCCUGUGUACAAUUUGACGGUGGUGGAAAUUUUCUGGCCGUUGGCGACAGAGGCGGAAAAAUCAACGUGUUUAGGACAACUACUCAGGCCCAAAUAUACGAAACUCCUCGUUACGAGCUCUACUGCAGUUUUACAAGCCACGAAUCAGAAUUUGAUUAUCUUAAGUCUCUUGAAAUCGAAGAAAAGAUCAAUAAGAUCCGUUGGUUGCCCCAGCAAAACUCGUCAAGACACUUACUUUCCACAAACGAUAAGACUAUCAAGUUGUGGCGACUUUCGGAGCGCCCAAAGCAGGCGACAGGAUACAACAUACGGCGGUCGGCGGCUCGUACUCCCUCAGAAGUCGGUUUUGGCGAGGCAGAGGAUAGGGAAGAGGUAAAGGGAGAAAUUGGAGGCGGCACACCGAGAAAAGGUCUCAAUGGAGGUACUAGUGCCAAGGUACACAACGCUGGCGAUCUCCGAGUGCCGCGAUAUGAACGCCGCACGGACCUCUUUGUCGCUGCCCAGCCUCGACGUAUCUUCGCCAACGCACAUGCCUAUCACAUCAACUCCAUCUCCGUUAACUCCGACCAAGAGACCUUCCUCUCCGCUGACGACCUACGCAUUAACUUAUGGAACCUCAGCGUUACCAACCAGUCUUUCACUAUAGUUGACAUAAAGCCGGCGAACAUGGAGGAGUUGAGUGAGGUGAUCACGGCGGCCGAAUUCCAUCCGACUAGUUGUUCCCUUUUCAUGUACAGUAGCAGCAAAGGGGUCCUUCGGCUUUGUGACAUGCGGCAGCAGGCCCUUUGUGACAGGUCUGCUCUCACAUUUCAAGAAGCGGAUAUUCCUGAAAAUCGUGGUUUCUUCUCCGAAAUCGUGAACAGUGUCACAGACUUGAAAUUUAGCAAUUCUAGUCGUUAUGUCCUCAGCAGGGACUAUUUAACCCUCAAAGUGUGGGACAUGAACAUGGCGACCGGGCCGGUGGAGGUUUACCACGUGCAUGAUCAUUUCAGGAGCAAAUUUGUUGCUCUCUACGAAAACGACUGCAUCUUUGAUAAAUUCGAAUGUGCCUGGUCUCCGGAUAAUAACUACCUCCUGACAGGAUCCUACAAUAACCUUUUCCGGGUGUUUGAUCGAUCAUCAGGCAGGGGCGUUUUGACGGAGGCAGAAGCAAAUGCAAAUGGGGGCCCCUCAAGUGUUCCAAAGGGAUCUCUGCGCACUCGAGAAGUCACCUGUGACCCCGUGGCGAUCACCUCCGACCAGAUCAGCGUCGACUCGAUCGACUUCACCAAGAAACUGCUUCACCUGGCCUGGCAUCCCAGUAUGCCCCGUGUGGCGUUGGCCAGCAAUGAAACUCUCUUUCUGGUCUCUACACAACAAGAACAGCAGCAUCAGCAGUCUGACUCGAGUUGA